GACUGACUGACUGAAUACGAAGAGAGAGACGGUAACAACGGGGACGACGACAAUAACGACGACGACGAGGAAGAGCACGGGGACGCCGUCGAAGACGAAGCCAAAGACGAAGAAAAAGACCACGACGACCGCGACAACACCGAAUACGGCACCACAGUUGAACUCAAGAAGAAUUGAUGGCAAGACAUUGCCGAGAAAGGCUUCGACGAUAUUUUUGUGAAAUUUCCCCUCUUCCCAUCGAAAGCCUUCCUCGUUCGGUGUGACUGAAUGGAGGCUAGCGUGUGAGCUUUUCUCGAGUGGUCUUCUGGAUGGUGAAUGUUCCACUUGAAGUGGUUUUGGUGAUGUGGAACAGGCGUAUGGCGAUGCCAACGGCCACGGUACGAGCAUCAUAACCUAGUGGCCUGGCUCAAAACCAAGGGGUUCAAGUCUUUUGUGUGAGUGCGGCCCCUUUUUCCAUCGCCGUGUCACUCAUCAAUAUCAUCUAAGGCCGUGGGAUGGCUGGCAGGUCUGCCUUUCCUUAUCGCUUGUUCAUUCAUAUCUGGAAAUUCCUCAGAUCCUGAUAUAACCUUCACCGAUGACUUGUCUCCGUUGACAUUGCGUUCUUCUUAUCAGUGCACCAUUCAGCAGUUCACUCUGGUAAAUCGUGCAGCCACUCCACUCAUUCAUUUGACUGAGGGGACACAGAGCAAGAGAGCAUCUUUGAAGCAGGGAAUGGAGGCCCAAGAGUCUUCAUCAGAGGACUAAGUGAGCCUUGGAACAAUUUCGGGGAUACAAGCGGCAAUCAUCCAAUUACUUAGAAUCACAAAGGACCACUGAUAUCCAUCCCUCCUGGCUGGGAAGGCCAGACAAUUUGGGGAACAAUACACGUCGCUCGGAAUGAAUGGGAUGGCAAACAAUUCGUCGAGAACACGCGGAGUGAGCGAGUGAGUGUACUGUAUGUGUACAGUAGUGCGUGAAUGAACGGUCAGUUCGCUCUCGUGGACCCCCCGAAAGUGGGAACGAAGAGCAAAUGUGCGACAAGUGACAUCUCAUUGAACUCGCACGCACUCACAUCAUCAUGCAGAAAAUUGUUCGAAGCUAUUUCGUGGGCUUGUUGCUCGCUUUGAGCACGGGCCCUUGCCUCGGCGGACACCUUCAACUUAACCCCAAUAUACCGGAGGUGACUCGCUUGGCAGGCCAGGACACCUCGUUCUUCAUCUCUUGUCUACCUCAGUCGUCCCAUGUGGGCCCUGUCGGUGAUUCACGGGUUAGAGCCAAGGAACUGGCCUGGCAGCGCUUGCCAGAUGUUCCCAAGGGACACGAGGACUGGGUCGUCAUUGGGAGCCAGACUCACGCUCGGAUCCACGUGGAACAAAGUGCUGACGGGCGAGGCCUUGAUCUGGUAUUUCGAAGCAUCGAGAUUGGUGACAGUGGCACUUAUACGUGCUCAGCAGAAUUGGAUGGAGAGAAAAUCUCGCAGCAGUUCCAUUUGAACGUAGUGGAUCCAAUCUCGUUCUCCGAGGAGAUUGUACAGCAAUCCGUCGAGGAAGGCACAGCCUCGUUUACACUUCGAUGCGAUGUUUCUGGAACCCCACAACCCAAGGUCACUUGGAACGUUCGGGGACAGAUUGUUCACGGUGGGACUGGCAAAUACGAAGCCACUACAGAAGGCCUUGUCAUCCGGAACGUGACCAAAGACGACCAAGGCACCUACAAAUGCAAGGCCAUCCAGAUGUCGGAGGGAAUCACGGACUUCAAGGAUUUACUCAUCACGCUCAAAGUGGAACACGGUCCUGAGCUUCCUCCUCAACAGCGAGGCCAAUUUUAUGGUUACAUCUCUGGAAUGGCCAAUUUAACCUGCUUGGCCAAAGCUGAGCCUCCAGCCAAAUUUCAGUGGCUGAACAAAAAUGGCAUCGAACUCGAGCCCAAGGGUUCAUCGACGAUCAUUCUCAAUUCGGAACACAAGAGUGUGCUCAGAGUGCUAGUGACCCAUGACGACGACUUUGGAGACUACACUUGCAUCGCCAAGAAUAAGAUGGGAAAUCUGAGGAAAGUUGUCACCCUUUCCGAAGGAGCGAAACCGGGAGUUCCUACCAUCAAUAUUCAUAGGAUAGGACACGACUUUGUCGAGUUGAGUGUUUUGGAAAAUCGUGCCGAGCUAUUCCUGGACAUUGUUGGAUUUCAAAUUGAGGUCCAAGAGAAGGGCAAGACGGAGGAAUGGAGCAACGCUACCAUCAUCGAUUUCCCCAAAAAUGCUUCCAACAAGUACAUGGUGUCCGAGCUGCAACCCAAGAGCGUGUACAUGAUCCGGUCACGAGCCAAGAAUCUGGCGGGCUUCAGUGACCCCUCAAAUAUGAUUGUUCUCCAAACAAAGUCUCCUCACAUGGUGGGCGAGCUCACCGGAAACGCAAGUGCUGUGAUGUCAAUUUUGGCCAUGCCAUGGACUACUUACUUCUCUGUGGCAGUGAUGGUGCCCAUCUGGGGAUCUGGAAGGCUAACCAUUGGGAGCUAACAAACCCCUGCCUGCUCUGUCAUUGUACGUCUCUGUGGCUUAUUCCCCUCUCUGAAUGAAGAGUGAAGAAAACGAACAAGGUCAACUUUAUUCCACAGAACAUAAAACUCAUUCCGUUGAGACGAACGACAAUUGCUAGACAAGAUUAGCCUACAAAGAUCUGAAUGCGGUGAUAAAUAUGAAGUGUCCCCCAUAAAAAUAAGAAUAGAUACGACUAAGUUAACCCA